UUAUCGAUGGUACCAUCGUUCGCUUCCCAGCUCUAAAUAAUAACUAUAAAUUUCGUUUCGGGUUGUUGUUCUUUUUUUUUCGUUCAGUUACAUAGCACGGUAAAAUAAAUACCCGGAAGUUAGAGAUCAGGCGAUUCCAGAAUGCUUUCGCUGCAAAACCAACGGCAACCGAAGACCACCCCCUUGGUGGAUGACUACGAGAUCUCCGAUACGGUUCUUGGGCUGGGAAUUAAUGGGAAGGUUGUGCAGUGCACCCACCGCCGCACCAAACAGAACUAUGCCCUUAAAGUGUUACUGGAUAACGAGAAGGCCCGGCGCGAAGUGGAUCUCCACUGGCGAGUCAGCGGCUGCCGGCACAUCGUGAACAUCAUCGACGUCUACGAGAACACCUACAGCGGCAGGAAGUGCCUCCUAGUGGUCAUGGAAUGCAUGGAGGGGGGUGAGCUCUUCCAGCGGAUUCAGGACAAGGCGGAUGGCGCCUUCACAGAACGGGAAGCAGCACAAAUCAUGCACGAGAUCUGUGCGGCAAUAGAUUAUCUGCACAGCCGAGAUAUCGCGCAUCGCGAUCUUAAGCCGGAGAACUUGCUGUACACCACCUCACAGCCGAACGCUAUCCUCAAACUGACGGACUUUGGCUUUGCCAAGGAAACAUUCACCAAUGACACGCUACAGACGCCCUGUUACACUCCCUAUUACGUGGCUCCUGAGGUUUUGGGUCCUGAAAAGUAUGACAAAAGCUGCGAUAUCUGGUCGCUAGGUGUUGUGAUGUACAUCAUUAUGUGCGGAUUUCCGCCGUUCUACAGCAACCACGGCCUGGCCAUUUCGCCUGGCAUGAAGAAACGCAUUCGCACCGGCCAGUAUGAUUUUCCCGAUCCGGAGUGGACGAAUGUGAGCCCGGCGGCCAAGGAUCUAAUUAAGGGCAUGCUGAACGUGGACCCCAGCAAACGUUUGCGCAUACAAGACGUCAUCCGCAACAAGUGGAUCGCCCAGUACAAUGCCGUUCCACAGACGCCGCUUUGCACGGGACGGAUGCUCAAGGAGAGCGAGGAGACCUGGCCAGAAGUGCAGGAGGAGAUGACGCGUUCGCUAGCUACCAUGCGCGUGGAUUACGAUCAGAUGCAAAUCAAGGCGCUGGAUAAGUCAAACAAUCCGCUGCUGACAAAGCGCAGGAAAAAGAUCGAGGAGAUAUAUGCAGCAAAUGCGACACGCAACUAAACGAGAAAGCCAGAGCAACCAACAAGGCAAAGCCCGAAGUGAAAUGGGCGAAGAACCUAGGAUGGCCCAUCCUAUCUGUUUAACACUUAAGCGACAAAGUUGUACAAUGCUUUACAAGAACGAUAACUAUUACUAUACUACGACGACAGAAUCAACUGCUAAUAACUACUACGAUAACAACCACUACAAAACAACAACUCCAUGUUAUGUUACGUUACGUUUUCUUUUUCUUUUUGUCCAUUAUCUAUGUAUAAUCCAUUUCAAGUAAACGGUUCUUAGGGUAUUUUGUAGUCUGAAUAGUGCUCUUUUAUAAAAAACAACUUAAAGCGUAAGAAAAUAACGAACUUAAGAAAAGCCAAGAGCAUGCUUAGCUAGCCAGCCGAAUUUUCAAUAUGCCUCGGUUUCGCGUGAAAAUGUUUCGUUUUUCGACUCUUGAAAAGUGUAAUUUUUAACCAAUUUUUUUUACGUGUAUGUGACUUUGAGUAUAAUUAUAUAUGUAUGUAUAUCCGUGUGUACAUGUAUGUAUGGUAUAUGCAAGGGGAAAAGAACAAAACUCCAGUUAACGUUUGCAAGAAUUGCAAAAAAUUCAGUGUUGGUUCUUGCUUUUAUUUGCUGACUCUGCAGGCGACAUACCAUUUUACCGUAUAGCGUAAUUGUAGUUCAUAACAAAUAAAAAUCCCCCAAAUAAAUGAAACAAAUAAAA